CCCUCUUUCCCCCCCCUCUCUGUCUCCUCCCCUCCCCCCUGCACAUCCUCCCCCUCUGCUGGUCUGUGCGCCACUGCGCUUUCCACUGCCAUGUCGAGGUCCACCCACAACUCAAGCAUCAACUCCGAUGCCACCUCUCCCGACCCGUCGGACGUUGACUCCCCCGGUAGCUCAAUAGACCCUGAGGACGUCGGCGGCUUCGACUCUGAGGCCGAGAACGACGCCGCCAUCCGGAGGCGUAAUGUCCUGGAGCAUCUUUGCCUCAUCGAGAAGGAGUUCUUCGAGCUUCGUGACCAUCUCUUCAUCGAGAAGGCCUCGGCCAUCGAGCGCGAAAUUGAGCUGGUGUCCAAGGGCACGCAUCCGGACCUGGAUGACAACCUGGACAACCUGCUCCUGCGUCGGUCGGACAAGUUGGCCCGAGCCCUGCACUGGUACAAUUACCGCCUGCGCAAGGAGGAAAUCGUGUACCAGGCCGAGUGCCGCACCAUCAAUGCGGAUUUCGACAACAGUUACAAGGGCGCUCGCGACAAGCUUCUCGAGCACCUUGCUGAUGCGCGUCGACGCCUGGACGACGAGCGCCUGUCCAGCUUCGACCUGGGUGUCGACCCCACGUCGGAAAGUCACAACCGCAUCGCUCCGCCGCGGAAGCUCCGCCGGAGGACCGGCUCGGCCAACAUGCCGCCGAAUAGCGGCUCGUCCCUGACCGGCCCGGCCAGCAGCGAUGCGUCUGACAACAAGAACACCAAGAAGCGCGUGACUCAGGGUCCAGCCAUCGAGGACCGGCUUGUCGACACGGACGCCCGUUCGGAUGCCGACCGGGUAUUGAAGAUCAUCCACCAAUCGCCCGGCGGUUCGGAACUCAUUUCCCGGCUGGGCCUGGCCAUCCCCGAGCCGGCCCCUGUCGUGACGCCGGCCCCAACACAGAAGUCCAAGCGCUCGCGCCUCUGAGCCGGCGAGCCGGACAGGACGGCCGACGGGGCUCCCCCCGGCCUGCCUCUUGGGCACAUUCGCAUACGCCUGCCUUCUUGUGCCUUCCCCUGUCUCCCUUCGCCUGGCCAGCCGGCCCCUCCUCUUCUUUCGGCCACCUCGUGGCGGCAGAUGCAUGCACAUGUGUGUAGAUGCACAUGUGCGCCUCUGUCCACGCGCAUAUGCCUACCUCCGGGCCUUGCCCUGCUCUUUUGUGCCUCUCAGGAAGGAGUGUCCUCAGCAAGAAACCAAAACAAUACAAAUCCCACA